UCCAUCACUAGGCUGAUUUUUAUGCGAGGUCCGCAGGUGUUUUUGACCGACCAGUAUCAAGAAACGAAUUCACAUGAACAUUCGGAUUUUUGGAGAAACAUUUACCAACGUCGAGCCAAAUGAACCGUCCGCACCUGCUGAAAGCGUUUUGUUCUGGAUCGUAUUGGUUCUACUACUGUACGAGCGAGGCCUGAAGAAGCGGUAGGAUGUCAAAUGCUACAGAUGAUGUCAAUUCGUAUCCACACGUACGUGUUUGGGCAGCGGGAGUUUCUUUGAUCAUUUUGGCUUUUUUCAACUUGAUCAUCAACUGGACCAUAGUGCGCGAGGAGCGCCUGCGGAGCCACGCGCGCUUCGUCCUCGUGUUCCAUUUAUUGUUCUCCGCGCUGGUUUACUUCGCAGUAUGCUUUAGCUUCUACUUACAAAACUACCUGAAAGCAGCGACCACGGCAACCAUUUGCAUGGUGCUAAUCAGAAGUCUGAUGACAAGCGGUUCCAACAUCAUCCUCACCAUCACGGCGAUGGCACUGGACCGUUAUUUUGCCAUAUGUUACCCGCUCCACUAUAGCAAAGUUUGUUUCAAACCCUGGCCAUGGCUCAUCGGGGUCCUAACAUGGGGACUCGCGUCGAUUAUUCCUCUUACCCUAUCGCCCAAAAUAGAAAAUGGCACUGUGCCCUGUGGCAGGAAAUCUUUGCAAGGCGGAGAAAUGCACAAAAUCGUUUUAAUAUCAAUUUGUACUGUUCUUAUCGUGUACAGCUAUGUACAGAUCUUAUAUGAGGGGCGUCGUCUGGGUGUGUUGAACCGGCGCAACCGAGCUGCGUGUAGGACUAUCGCUCUCCACGGCACGCAGCUGGCCGUCUUCAUCCUCCCCAAUUUCAUACUGUUUUUGCUGCAUAUCCUUAAAAGCAAAAAGUCACUCGAGGGUUCCACAAAAGAGCUUUUUGCUGUCAUAAGUUUCGCCUUCUUCAGCCUGGCGCAGUGCAUCGCGCCGAUAGUAUACGGACUGCGUAAAGAGGAACUACUGGAACAUCUUAAUCACCGGUUCCCGUGUUUAUCCGGUCAGUUGAAAAGCAUUUUGGAGUGGACUGUCAACAUCACACAUCCCAAUCGGCGUCGCCAGCAAAGGGAGCGGAGAAUGACUUCAGAGACUUUAUUAUCAAGAGAGAUCUCACAGACGACUGUGUGACAUCUUUGGAUUAAGAGAAAGACCUGAUGUUGAUUUCUUCAAAAGGAAUAUUUGCUUACCGAGACUGAGAUUUUUUUACUGAGAAAACAAACUUGUGACUUUCAGAAAACUGAGAUUUUUUAUUCUUCAAGCCAUCAAUUCAUUAAGUCUGAGUAAAAUACAGCAGCUACACAGUGUUCAGGAAUUACUUUUGCCAAAUGGAGAGCUGAAGAAAUAGUCAACUGUGUAAAUUAACAUUAACUGUAAAUAGUACCAGUGACUUAUUGUCAUGUGAACAAGUAAGAAUUAUGUGGCAAGGAUCUGAAUUCUUAUUUUUCUAAUAGCUGUACCAAUGUCUUCUCUUGUAUCCUUUGUUUUGGCAAAACUUAACAGUAUUUCGCAGUCAUAUAUAUAAGCUAGUGACCCAAGUAAAAAAACUAAAACUUAAGACUGUGAAACAGGUUCAAUUAAAUUGUAAUUUUUGUGUAGUUAAACUGGUGACACUGCAAGGUUUGUAGUAUUUGAUAUACUGUUUGUAACCACAGCAUCCUGAGUUGACAAGACACACUGAUAUAAUAAGAUCACUAAUGUUCUUUUACAGUUUCCUGUAAACUGUCUAUUUACAAUAUAAUACUGCAUCCACAAGCUAAUGCACUGGUGAAAGGACAAAACGUAUGAUUCUGUGAGAUUUCAAAUAUUGUUAAGCACUGCAACAAGGAGUGAGUAUUUACAAUUACGUCAGGCCAGUGCAGCUGUAUUGUUAACAGGCGUUUUUUGUAUGUUUGCUUUAGAAGUAAUCACAUGCCUUAUGGGAAAUGCAACAGGAAAUAAAAGGGAAAAAAUAAUUUAAAAAUAAAUGGCUUUACAAAAAAAUCCAACGGGGGGAACAAACGUACCAUCUUCUCUCGCAGGCAUCAUACAUCUGUGUAAUUUCUAAAUUACAGAAGUUUAUGUGGUAUUGGCCAUUUGUAAUAAAGACCUUUUGUAUUUAUGUUAAGAUCAUAAUGUUAUUUAGUUCACAAGUCCCAUU